AUGCUUUGGCGAAUUGGCUGGGAACCUUCCUGUUUUCAAGCAUGUUUUUUUUCGGUCUUCAUCUCUGGAGCUACUCGCGCCGUCCGCUUCCCCUUCCUCGUCUUUGGUGCAGUGUGUGCCCUUGGAUUUCUGCCUGCAGCUCACUAUGUCAGGAAAAGUUUCCGGGAACAGGAAGAGAUGUUCAGGAGCUUUUCAGAGUUUGAUGUCAGUGAGCUGUCUUGCUUCAGCGACUUCGACAAGCGCUUCAUUCUGUCGGCCGUUAUCCAGUGGUACGGAAGCCUGGAAGACUUCAGCUUGUUGGUACGAGGCCCUCUAAAGGAGGAACUCCUGCACGCACUGCAACAGAGCCGCUGGCCGCUCGGCUACUGCGUCCUUUCCAUUACCCCGUUCCUGAGCGUUCAGCUAGAAUGGCUCGCUGGAUUGCUGUCAGCUGGGGCACACUUUGAUGCUUGGGGUCGGAUCUUCUUUGGACAGAUCCUAGCAACGAACAUGCUGGUAGUGUGUGAAAGUCAAGCUUUUUUCUGGCUGGCAAGACGCCUUUCGCAGCCGCGCUUUGCCCACCCAGUCCUUGACUUCGGACAGACGGUGCUGGUGGUCGCACUGUUUGUUUGCACGCUGCUCCCCCUUGUGGUCGUAUUCCGGGCAUACCAGACCAGCCUGGUCGGUGGAAUCUUGGGAGCCCUAGUCGCCGCUGUCAUCUUGUGGGUGACGGUGCUCCGAGGGCAUCCGGGCCUCAGAUGCCGUGUGCAUGAAGUCUGA